AAGCGUCAUAGCAGAGGCGCAGCGCAGUUAAAUGCGCAUGGAAAUGGGGAAAUUCGCGGGCGAUCGAUCAAUGGGUGGCGCUCGCGAGGAUUGGCCGAUGGGCGUGGUGGUCGUUAUCAGGCUCGGGGCGGACCAAUCAGAGCGGGCUUACGAUAAGGGGUUGGGGUUGGGGUUUUAGCUCGCAUCAGUGUGCUGUCCGGUGCGGCUCGGGGCGGUCGCAACGAUGCUCGGCACCAUGAUGUACCCGGGCGCGGAGGACGCAGAGCUGGAAGACAUGCGUGUACCCCCCAUCCAGUUGGAACAUCUACCAGAAGUGUUCCUAUCCAGUAUCCCGAAGUGCGGGGGCUGUCACGAGAUGAUAGUGGACCGGUACGUGCUGAAGGUGUCCGACCGCACGUGGCACGCCGGCUGCCUGCGCUGCGUCGAAUGCCGCGCCAUGCUCUCGGGGAAAUGCUUCGCGAGAAACAACCAGCUAUACUGCACCGAUGACUUUUUCAAGCGGUUUGGGACUAAGUGCGCGGGCUGCGGGCAGGGCAUCCCGCCGACGCAGGUGGUGCGCCGCGCCCAGUCUCACGUCUACCACCUGCGCUGCUUCGCUUGCGCUGCUUGCGCGAGGACUCUCAAUACCGGGGACGAGUUCUACCUCAUGGAAGAUGGAAAACUCGUUUGCAAACCCGAUUAUGAAGCUGCGAGAGCAAAAGGCGGCGAGGGGUCGCUCGACGGUGACGCGGCCAGCAAGCGGCCGCGCACCACCAUCACGGCGAAGCAGCUGGAGACCCUCAAGAGCGCUUACAGCAGUAGUCCGAAACCGGCUAGACAUGUACGAGAGCAACUAGCUCACGAUACCGGCCUGGACAUGAGAGUGGUCCAAGUGUGGUUUCAAAACAGACGAGCGAAGGAAAAGAGACUGAAGAAGGACGCGGGUCGAACCCGCUGGUCGCAGUACUUCAGGUCCAUGAAGAGCGGCGGCAGCUCCCCGCGCCACGAUCGCCUCCUUGACAAGGACGAGCUCAAGAUCGAUCUGGACUCUUUCAGCCAUCAUGAAUUGAGCAACGACAGCUACAGUACGGUGGCGCUUGGUGGCGAGGAGGGUUCACCUGCGGGGGGCGGAGGCGCGGGCGCGGCAGGGGGUGCACGGUACGCCGCUACCCCGCCAUACUUGAGGACCCAUUCACCGCCACAUCCGCACUACCACUACCCGCCGGACCACCUCGUCUAUACAAAUAUAGGUCAAGCAAUGAGUGGCACCGGUAUAAGCGGGGCUGGUGCCGGUGGCGCGUCUGAUUUAAGCAGUUCGUCGUCGCCGGCAGCGGGUGGCUACCCCGACUUUCCGCCGUCGCCCGACUCCUGGCUCGGCGAGCACCACUACUCGCCGCGCGGGUUUCCCUAGCGGCGGCCACCCCCGGCGCACGCGCCACCCGCGCCCACGCCGCACCCGACGCCCUUCCCGCUAGCACUUGCGACACAACCACUGGAGCUCGUCGUAAAACGUGAGCUGUGACCAGCUAUGAGUAUCUGGAGUGACUAACAAUCACUUAUAGCGCGAAUCUGAAACGUGUAAUAUAUCAGCAUUUCUGGCCAUCCUAGGUCGGGGAGCACUACUACUCUCGCCGCACCGACGUCCUUCUCGCUAGCACUUACGCCGCAAUCACUGGAGUUCGUUGUAAAUCACUAGGUGUGACCAGCUAUGGGUAUCAUUAUUUCGUGAUUAGCUAACACUAACAGAACAUGAGUAAAGUAACGGAGCAGCGCGGAUAUUAUUGUUAGUAAGCGCAAGCUGCGAUCAGCUAUGGAUAUCCAGUGUGACAAGCAAACAUUAACUUCGCGAAUUUGAAACGUCAGAAUUAUCAGAGUCAAUACUAAAUUUGCAAACUGUUAUGUUACAUAAUUGAAUCGAUUAUAAAAUUUUAAUGAUAGUGACAAAGCAGGUCAUGCUUUGUUGGUCAGGAAUCUGAGAAAAUUAACAAAAGCGGCAUAUUAAAAACUAUAUUUUUUCGAAUUCACAAUCGUGUCAUAUCAUCGGUGGGGCUACAAGUGCGGUUUUAUUAUUCUAAGAAAAAAGACUUGUUGUGAACCGUCAGUAAUUAAUAUUAAAAAAUGAGCAUAGCAAAACAUAAAAGCUAAAUCAAACUGUUAAUGAACAUCAUGAUCUAAAGACAAACUCCCGAUGCAGUUGUUAAAAUUAUUGAUAUUAUGUAAGAAACUUAGAUCUCACGAUUCGAAUUGAGUAAAGAUGUUAUUUGUUUUAUAUUAUAAAUCUUAUUAAAAUUGGUCUGGAAUUUAGAACUUGCACACUUACCUACUUAUAGUGUACAGAAAGUGUGUAUAACCAUUAUAUUUAAAGAUUUAAAUGACAAAGUGAGAAAAAAAAGAAAACCUUGCAUUACUUCACACAAGAUGGGCAUGUUUACUCAAUUUCAAAUCACAUUUUACUCUGUAGAUUUGUUAAUGUUUGUAUAUAAGUACCCUAAUUGUUAAGGAUUUCCACUAAAUUUAGUAUGACAAAGCACUACCAUUGUACAUAAGAUAAUACUGUGUGAUGUUUGAAGCACAAAUUGACAUAUUAUAAACGCCUUAUAAGUAUAUGAAGGUAACCUGUAAAUAAAUUAUAGUUAAAUAAGUAUCAUAAAUGAAAAGUGUUAUUAUUCAAUAUAAAACAAUAAUUAUAAAUAAUAAUUUAUUACCAAUGAAACACAAAAAUUUAACAUAAUGGUUUUACUUACUUUCUUAUUGCAUUGUGUAACAUUGACAAAUUUUAAUUUCAGUAGCACAAUACUGUCCAUAAAUCUUUUUUUAAUGUAAUAUUUAAUAAGUAUAUCUAUCUAGUUUUCCUAAGUCCAUGAUAGUGAUAAAAUACUUUGUGCAAAACUUCUAGUCGACAGAUGAAUGGUAUAUAAAUACGCUAAUUUAUUUCGAAGUUUUAUUUAAAUUAAUCUUAAAUAAUAAUACCUACGCUUUAAUUAUAGUUCAGUAGUGGCUACGCCCCAAUAAUGUUGCAUGCGGCCUUCAAGGUCUAAUGAAUCCUCGGAUUGCGCGCUUUUUUCUUGUAUCACAGCAAAAUCAUAUUCUAAAUGGUAAGGCAUCAAGCGUUGUAAAGAACCGAAAUAUGCUGCAUUGGGACCUCCAUUUGGCACUCUUCCGGAUCCAAAUCUUACAUCAGGCUUCAGAGCUGUUCCGAAUGACCUUGCACUACCGAAAUGCUUAGAUAAAAACGGGACACCCUUACUUUGUUUACCAUUUAUGUGCAAUUGAGGACUGCUGCCGGACAGUCCUUUAAUAUUUCUCAAACUGCUUACAUUUGAUUUGAUACCCUUGGAGAGAUUAUCCAAUUCUUUAUCGAAUAACAUCUGGGUAUUUUGUUCUAGCAUGUAUUCCCAGCAUUUAAAUUGUUCUUCUGAAUCAGGAAGUUCAUCUAUUUUGGAGUCGUCUUCUUUAUCCUCCUCUACACGGACACGAAUAGCUCUUGCGACUCCACCUCUGCAACUUCUCCGUUCUGAUGGCCUAUGUUGUGAGCGUACGCUGGCGUAGUGUUGGUGGCUGACGGACUCACUAGGAGGUCGAUCACUUUGUCCACUCGGUGAAGACCGAUCGCUACUAGGCUUAGGUGGAGUAGUUGAAUGACAACAAGGCUCCAUUCGCGAACAACAACAGUCCGCUCUGCACAUCGAUUUGUUACUAGUUAUAGUUUGUCUCAGCUCCCUCAUUAGCAUAUCCACAUCAGAUCGCACAGUGUCAAAUCUUAUUAUUAAAACUGAUAAACAAUCCUCUACACCAUAGCUUUGUGCCAGAUCCUGCAAUCUCUUUGCGGCGAGAACUGGAUUACGUUCAGCUCUCACUUCAGAUACCGCCGUAUCUAUAUUAAUAACAUUCCAAAAUUUCCCAUUGCCCAUAAUUAAAAACUCAUCGUCUUCUUUUAUAACUGUUUGUAUGACAUCGGGGUCUGGAACUGUGUUUGGAUACCUCGUAGAAUAGCCCAAUCUUUUGUUAUUUUCAAGACCUAAACAUAAAGGACCAUUUCGUCUACUUAAGACUGCUUUCGUGUCUCCAACAUUUGCUAGUCUCAUAUUAUACUUUUUCGAUGUUUGUCCGAAACCAUUAUCUGGCGAGUUUAUAGGAGUUAAAUGGCACAUUAUUAAACAAGCACCCUUUUUUUGGCCUUUUUCUUUAAGUUCUCUAUGUGCUGAUAAUACUACAUAUUUCAUAUAUUCAUUAACUGUUUCUUUGAUUGAUUUUUCUUCCAGUAGCAAUCCAGGCAAACUAGAUUGUAAAAUUUUAGGCACUUCCAUGUCAGUUUCCCCGUCAAUUAUUGCAAAAAAACCUUCUUUAUUGCAAAAUGACUGUAAUCGAAUUUGAGCACAACAAAGUUGUAGUGAUUUAUUGGGACACUCUGAAAAUCCAUUCGCCCAAGGGGUGUGACCAUUCAUCUCUUCGUGAUAACCACUUUUUUGAACCCAAGAUAAAGAAUUUCUUCCAGUUACAUCGACCAAACUUAGGGGCCGUUGACAUCUGUAUGCACUAAACUGUGAAGGAUCUACUUGCAAUUUUUUAUUACACGAUAUAUCCAAAAAUUUAAGUUGCUUUGGGGCAAGAAGUCUUAAGUCUAUACUAUCAAGUUCGUUAUGAGCGAAAUCCAAUAUUUUUACUGAAGCGUUACAAGCAAACAUUGGUACAGAUAUUAGUCUGUUUGAGUGCGCCCUUACAAUUCUUAUAUGAUUAAGUUGAGGCAAGCUUUCAGGUAGUCUUGUAAUGGAAUUUCCUGAUAGCACCAGUUCUUCUAUAUCUGGCCAAUAGCUUAUGCAGCCUUCAGGCAAACUCGUGAGGCAAUUAUAGGCGAUAUGAAGUAUUUUUAGUCCUCGGAAAGCAAUGAUAACACUUGAUACAUCGUCGUUCAAACAAUUUGCAGAUAAAUAUAAUCGUUCUAAAGAAUAUGAUGAGGGGCCACGAGCAGCAGGUAAACGAUUCAAUCUGUUAUUGGACAAAUUUAACACACAUAAUCGGUCACACACUGAAAAGAAAUUUUCUGGUAGAAAUUGUAUACAAUUAUCAUGGAGCAGUAAUUCCUUUAAUGGUGCUCUAAGUCUCGGCAUUGAAGGAAUAUUUGAAAUUUUGUUAUGGGCUAAGUGUAAUUUGCACAGACUGGAAAGUUCACUACAGAACAGAUGCUCCGGUAGGGAAGUUAAUUUAUUGUUGCUAGCACGAAUAGUCGUGAGGUCCGAACAGCCGCUGAGCCAGUGUGGUAGUGAUGUCAACUUAUUAUGCGAUACGUCAAUUUCAACUAGAUUGAUCGGUGGGACUGUUGUAGUUAGGCACUCUAAUU